AUGGCUGGCUAUUAUCGGAAAUACGGCUUUCACACUGUUGAAAGAGAAGGCAUGGAGAAUAUUGCUAAGAGAAAGCUGAUGGCUGUUCCUAAAGUAAGACCUGAGGAGAAGGUGGUUAAAAGGGUGAGAAUAGAGGUAGGAGAGAAGUACAUAAAGACCAACAAGACUAAGCCCUGUCUAGAGGUAGGAGAGAAGUACAUAAAGACCAACAAGACUAAGCCCUGUGUAGAGGUAGGAGAGAAGUACAUAAAGACCAACAAGACUAAGCCCUGUGUAGAGGUAGGAGAGAAGUACAUAAAGACCAACAAGACUAAGCCCUGUGUAGAGGUAGGAGAGAAGUACAUAAAGACCAACAAGACUAAGCCCCAUGUAGAGGCAGGAGAGAAGUACAUAAAGACCAAUGAGACUAAGCCCUGCGUAGAGGCAGGAGAGAAGUACAUAAAGACCAACAAGACUAAGCCCCGUGUAGAGGCAGGAGAAAUGUGCAUAAAGACCAACAAGACUAAGCCCCAUGUAGAGGCAGGAGAAAUUUACAUAAAGACCAACAAGACUAAGCCCCGUGUAGAGGCAGGAGAGAAGUACAUAAAGGCCAACAAGACUAAGCCCCGUGUAGAGGCAGGAGAGAAGUACAUAAAGGCCAACAAGACUAAGCCCCGUGUAGAGGCAGGAGAGAAGUACAUAAAGGCCAACAAGACUAAGCCCCGUGUAGAGGCAGGAGAGAAGUACAUAAAGACCAAUGAGCCCUGUGUCAGCAAGGAGAGUCCCUUGAAAGGGAAGCAGAGGAAUGUUCCUCGAGACCCCAGGCCUGAAGUGACAGCGGAAAAGAAGAAGCAACCAGAGAGAGACACCUUUUUUGAUCGCUACUCUAUGGGAAAACUGCUAGGAAAAGGAGGAAAUGGUUCAGUCUUUGCAGGUGUCCGGAGGUCUGAUAAGAAAAAGGUGGCCUUGAAGUUUGUACGCAAGAAAGUGAAUGACAAGUACAUCACAGUUCCCGGUACCACACACAGACUCCCUGUUGAGAUGGCGCUUAUGGAACUUGUGUGCAAGCCGCCUCACUUCCCAUUCGUGAUCAAGCUGCUGGAGUGGUUCGAGACGUCCAAAGGCUUCAUCAUUGUCUUGGAGAGGCCGGACCCCUGCGUUGAUCUCUUCGAAUUCGGCAGGCGUGUGAGCAUGUCUGAGGAUAUGGCUAAAAUCAUCAUGGAGCAAGUCAUUGAGGCUGCACGUCACUGCCGUGCCCGGGGUGUGUUCCACCGUGAUAUCAAGGAGGAAAAUAUUCUCAUCAACCCGGACACCCUUAAAGUGUGGCUGAUUGAUUUUGGCUGCGGCGAUCUACAUAAGGACACCACCUACAACGAAUAUUGUGGCACUCCAAGUUACUACCCACCUGAAUGGAUCAGCAGUAGAAAGUGCAGGGCGGAACCGGCCACUGUCUGGACUCUGGGUGUCCUCCUGUACAGCAUGCUGUGUGGACAAAAGCCAUUUCUCAGUCUGGGCGAAAUUGUUUAUGGCCAGCUGCUUUUCCCACCUCAUCUGUCUAGAUCUGCCUGCAGUCUGAUAAGCUGGUGUCUUCAGAAAGACCCGAAAAGACGGCCAACACUCGAGCAGAUGUUCACCCACUGCUGGUUCUGACUCUUUACUCGGGUGCCCCUGGUGUCUAG